AUGCUCACAACAUCCGCCUUACUCUUGUCAGUUUUCACUAUUUCUGCACUGGGCGCUGAUGAAGACUACACCGUGGAGACCUACCCAAACCCAAAGAAAGGAAGCUAUAAGGAGUGUAAUCUUCGAAGUGCUGGGCUUGUCUGCGAUCCAUAUGAGACACUUAGCGAAUCGGAAAGGUAUCGUAUCAACACCCAACUUGUAACAUUUGUUACCAAAACCGAGGUGAAUAACAACAAAGAUUUUUGUUCGAAGAAAGGGACCGAUGCAAUGUUUGUUAUCAUCAAUAAGGGCUCCCAAGACUUCGCGGAUGGUCUUCGCCAACACUGGAGCAACAUUGACACCCAAUGCGGCAGAUUUGGUCUUCUUGUUCUUUCUCUUGAUGACCGAAGCGUAUACGGGUCUUUUGAUGAAAGAUCGCCAAUAAAUAUGAUCCAACUCCAAGCGAUCAUUGCUACUGAAGACAACCACAUUAAAACUGGAUUGUACACCACGGCCAUCACCAACAUCUUAAAGGAAGUUGCGGAUUCAAUGACCCCACAAAACCCAGGAACAACUAUCAAGCCACAAACCACCACCAAAUCUUCUCAGAUUCAAUUUUCAGUAUUUUCAAUCAUUCUGGCUUCAGUGUUUACCUAUUUUUUGUAA